GCCCAGACCAUAAAGUCAAACCUGAAUUCCUGGAAGAAAUUAAGCAGUCGGAUGCUACUUUAGUAGAUUUAAAAACUCUUUUACAAAAAGAACCCAAAGAUAUCAUUACUUAUAUUGCCCGCUUCGUUUAUAACCAACUACCUGACACGGGAGAUGAAAAAAAUAAACAAAAAACCCAGAAAAAAAGAAGAAUUGCCAAAAAGUUGAACAAAUCUAAUGAAAGCGAACUUAAAGAGGAGGAAUUGAAUGAAAGUCUCUACAAAAUAGAAAUAGGAGAAAUGAUUUUGGAUAGUAAAUUUUAUAAAGCGGAUUUAACUGAGAUUACCACUACCGAAGAAGAGGGACAAACAACCGACAUUCCAGAGGACAGCGAAGAAGAUGAUAAAGAAUAA